AUGACUGAAGAGGGCCAGCGCAUGCAUGAUGCGGCGAACGGCGUCCAGGUACCGAAGCGUUCGACCGCGCUGACGAGCACGGCGCACGUUGUUGGCAGACUUGAAGAGCCCGAAGUUGCUUCACCGCCUCCGGCCUAUCCUGAAGAAAUUUCCGUGCCACACAACGAGGAUCGCGUGGAUGUCCCAAUCCGCUCACGUGCAUCCAUGCGGUGUGGUGGGAUCGUUCGUCACAUCACCAUCGGCGGUGACUACAACAACAUCCACUUGAACACCGGUACUGGACAGCAGAACAUCGCACAUUACGACUAUCGCAGGUAUCGAGAUGAAGAGACUGUUCAAGAAUAUCAUGAUGCUGGGAACGGCGGCGGCGGCGGCGGCGGUGACGAAGGCUACGAUGGUGCGAACGAGGGCCGCAACGACCACGAAAAUAGUCAGGAUGAUACCCCAGGAUAUCGUUCGCCAAUAGGCGGCCGAGACGAUCGAGAUGAUUGGGGUGACGAUCGCUACGAUGGGGAAUACGACAGGUACAAGGAGCGUCGUGACCGUCGUCGCAACACGCCUGCACGUGACAGCCGGGCUGGUGCGCGCUACGAUGAUGACGACGGAUACAGAAGUGACGGAGGUUACUAUAGCUAUAGUGAUGAGAGUGAGUACAGUGACUGGUAG